AUGUCAGCUGCAGAAUAUUACAAUGGUGCCUCUGAAUCAAAACAACAAUACGUAGCACCAGGGGCUCCAGCACCAAGUGGUAACUACAGCUCUUCUAGAGGCUAUCCACAACAGAAUUAUGGUGCCCCACAACAAGCUUACUAUGGCAAUCAACCCCCACAAUAUUACCAACAACCUCCACCUCAGCAGCCGGGCUACUACCAACAGCAACAGCAACCAAUCUACGUUCAACAGCAACGUCCUACGUCCAACAAUCAAGACUGUUUGACUGCCUGUUUAGCAGGUAUGUGUCUAUGUUGUACUCUGGAUAUGCUCUUCUGA